AUGUGUGUAUUUAUGUUUCGUCAGUUUCGCCAUAGUUGUGAGCUGUGGGUUGUGGGUUGUGAGCUGUGGGUUGUGGGUUGUGAGCUGUGCGUUGUGGGUUGUGAGCUGUGGGUUGUGGGUUGUGAGCUGUGGGUUGUGGGUUGUGAGCUGUGGGUUGUGAGCUGUGAGUUGUGGGUUGUGAGCUGUGGGUUGUGGGUUGUGAGCUGUGGGUUGUGGGUUGUGAGCUGUGCGUUGUGGGUUGUGAGCUGUGGGUUGUGGGUUGUGAGCUGUGGGUUGUGGGUUGUGAGCUGUGGGUUGUGA